UCAAAAUAGUAUAAACAUAAUUUAGAUUUAGCUAAAAACUCCUGAUGAAAAUGAUUUUAUCUCAAUUUUUUGCACAAUAUUGAGGCACAGUUCAAGUAGUGUAUACCAAAUUUGUACAACUUAUUCACAAUGCAGGAUUUCACGAGCAUUUUGAACAUAAUAUUUAUCAUCAGCGGAGGAGUAUUAACUUUUGUUAUUUUGUUCAUAUUUGCUAAACGGCAAAUAACUCGCUUUGCAUUGCGAUCUAGAAGAGGUCCUCAUAUUCCGAUAGGGACUGAUGCGAAAAAGUUUCUCAAGAAGGAAAUCGAGCGUAGAAUAGAGGCCGUGCCUCGAAUCAUGUUUGAGCCGCGUCUACUAAAUGCAGAACCCUCACAUUACAUUCUGGAGCCUCAACAACCUUACCAUUAUAGAUUUAGAGCUGUUGAUGAUGUAAAGACUUUGGAAGACGAAAUAGCUACACAAGACCCAGGACUUAAAAGGCAUCCCCGUGAGUCACUUCGUGCAUUCCUGCUCUCGUCCCUGGCUGCUCCGUUGGACGGGAGAGGCCAGAAGUUGGUGCAUCAGUUCUGUGAUGCGUAUGAGUCUGCCAGACAUCACCCAGCAGAGUUUGGAGAGGAUGAAUAUCGGGCGUACAGCAGGUUGCUGUUGAAACUGUUAGAUGCGGCACGCCUAUUAAAAAAUGUGGGAUGUGUCAGUGCCCGAGGCAGUCCUCAAAGGAUACCGGCGCGGCUGCGGCCACCUCGACCACCCAACAAUAGAUAUACAGCUUUAGAGAACCUUCCUGUAGACUCGAAGCUGGAGGACGAAAUCAUCAGAGUUCCAGUCAAGAGCCCCACUGAGCCGCUGGUGAAGGGCGGAGUGCCCGCUGACGAGACGGCUCUCUGAGGGCGGAGCGCCCGUCGCGAUGCGCAGACCUUGUAGGUGCUUCGGUGACGGGUGGAAUAGUUGUGCAAUAAGUGGUAAAUGGGGUGAGAUAUUGUAAGAUGGCUAAAGUAAGUGGAGGACAUUUUUAAGAUUUAAUGAAAAUCUAUGGUUGGUAUGUUUUCGUAGAUUUCUUAUUGUAUAGAUAGUUUUUGGAAGUGUGGAAUAGUGAAGGCUAAGAAAGUAAUUUUAUAAGUUGGUGGAGAAAAUGUGAAUUGUGAAGGUAGUCGAUAGAUUUCCUAAAUUUAUUUGUUCUAUUUUAAAGAGGGCUUGUGACAAGAAAAUAAGUAAAAUAGAACCUGAGUUAUCUAGAACGCAUGUAUGAAACGAAAUUAUAACCGUAAAUAAACUAUAAUAUUACAAUAUAUUAUAAUGCUAUUAAAAAAUGUAUACUUCAUAUUUGGAUGUUGUAUGUAAUUUAUGUAGAUAUUUUAGUCCUGGUACAAGAUAUUCUUAGUUUAGGAUGAAGUGUCAUAACAUUAAAACAAUUUAUCAAUAU